AUGGAUGCAUUUAACGCCGUGGUGGUUAUUCCUUUGGUUCCUGAAUUGGCCAACGAUCUAGGUCAGCCCCUCGAAAAUGUCCUAUGGAUCAAUACAUCCUACUUCCUCGCCAAUGCAGCAAGUCAAACGAUCUCAUCUAUGCUGGCGGAUGUAUUCGGGCACGGGCCGAUCCUUCUUUCUGCAGUGGUACUCGCAACAAUCGGAACAGGUGUCUGCGGGGGUGCGUUCAACUUGGCUGGUUUAAUCGCCGGUCGAUCACUCCAGGGAACAGGUGGUGGUGGAAUUUUGGCUGCAUCGUUUCUGAUCAUCACGAAUUCGAUACCCAAGUAUUAUCAGCUUCAGUUCUCGAACUAUGUUUUCCGUGCGCAGGUGACGGGGUCUAUCGUUGGUGCUAUUCUGGGUGGACUUUUUGGCGACUAUGCAACGACAAUCUGGCUAUUUUAUUCCAGCUUUGUAUUCUGCGCCGUGGGAAUGCUUGUCGUUCCUUUCGCCGUGGACUUGCGAGGAUGUGGACAGGGCAAGACGGGCUAUAUAUGCAAACUGCGCCGGACAGACUGGCUGGGCUCGCUCCUCAUUCUGCUAGGAGUUGGAUGUCUUUUGAUCGGAAUUAGUUGGGGUGGCACACGCUUUGCAUGGGAUACGGCAGCCACAUUGGCGCCGAUAUGUGUGGGCGCAAGCCUGCUGCUCGUCUUGGUCGCUUACGAGCGAUUCUGGACGGUGCAUCCGUUUUUCAGCUCCGCCAUGUUUAAGUCGCUCUCGACGACCAUGAUACACAUUAGUGGAUUUAUCCACGGACUCAUCAUAUCAGCUCACCUCCACUUUCUACCCCUCUACCUCAUCUUCGUCAAAUACCUCCCCCACGCCCUAACCGGCCUAGGCCUCGUAGCCCUCGUCGCACUCGCCCUCCCCUUUCUCAUUCUCGUCCAAAAAGUACGCCUCCUCUCCCACCAACCAAACCUAAACCCUUGGAUCCUUCGCCUCGGCUGGGCCCUCGCCACCAUCUCAACUGGCUGUCUCACAAUCCUCGACUUCAAGACACCGACCUCGGCUUGGGUCAUCCUCUUUCUCAUCUGUGGCCUCUCCCACGCCCUCCUCACCCCUUCUUUCAUCCGAUGCAUGUUCACACGUCCCUUUGACCCCGAUAGCGACUCGGAGUCCGACACCGACACAGACCCCUUCCCAAAGGGGUACGCUAAGCGCAAAAUCCCGCCGAUCCUACUGCACUCUAUCCUGAGGACAUGGGGCAUGUGUAUUGCCAUUCCUAUUAGUGGGACCAUCAUGCUCAAUCAGUUGUUCUGGGACGUGGAGAGGCGGUUCCCGUUUCCCGGGGAGGUUUCAUUUAUGGUUGAAUUCGGGGCGUUGAUGCCUGGUGGCGAGAGAGAUGAUUACGUCGAUGGAUUUAGGGUUCUCUGGCCGGUUUGUACGGGUGUUGCGGCUCUGGGGGCCGUGUUGGGGGGUGUUUGGGGGAGGGUGAGGUAG